ACUCACCCCAGACACACAGGCAUGCACUCACCCCAGACACACAGGCAUGCACUCACCCCAGACACACAGGCAUGCACUCACCCCAGACACACAGGCAUGCACUCACCCCAGACACACAGGCAUGCACUCAACCCAGACACACAGGCAUGCACUCAACCCAGACAGACACACAGGCAGGCACUCAACCCAGACAGACACACAGGCAGGCACUCAACCCAGACAGACACACAGGCAGGCACUCAACCCAGACAGACACACAGGCAGGCACUCAACCCAGACAGACACACAGGCAUGCACUCAACCCAGACAGACACACAGGCAUGCACUCAACCCAGACAGACACACAGGCAUGCACUCAACCCAGACAGACACACAGGCAGGCACUCAACCCAGACAGACACACAGGCAGGCACUCAACCCAGACAGACACACAGGCAGGCACUCAACCCAGACAGACACACAGGCAGGCACUCAACCCAGACAGACACACAGGCAGGCACUCAACCCAGACACACAGGCAGGCAGGCACUCAACCCAGACACACAGGCAGGCAGGCACUCAACCCAGACACACAGGCAGGCAGACACUCAACCCAGACACACAGGCAGGCAGACACUCAACCCAGACACACAGGCAGGCAGACACUCAACCCAGACACACAGGCAGGCAGACACUCAACCCAGACACACAGGCAGGCAGACACUCAACCCAGACACACAGGCAGGCAGACACUCAACCCAGACACACAGGCAGGCAGACACUCAACCCAGACACACAGGCAGGCAGACACUCAACCCAGACACACAGGCAGGCAGACACUCAACCCAGACACACAGGCAGGCAGACACUCAACCCAGACACACAGGCAGGCAGACACUCAACCCAGACACACAGGCAGGCAGACACUCAACCCAGACACACAGGCAGGCAGACACUCACCCCAGACACACAGGCAGGCAGACACUCACCCCAGACACACAGACAGGCAGACACUCAACCCAGACACACAGACAGGCAGACACUCAACCCAGACACACACACUAACGCACUCUGAUUUUGAAGUGGUGGCAUGGGUGUGGGCGCUGUGUGUGGUCCUGACAUUUUUGUGAUUUUUAUGUCUAACGUGCUUAUGUUUGUUUUAACCUGUUAUGUCUGGGUGGUUGUCCUAUGUGUGUGUCCUAUAAUUGUGUAUUCCAUGUGCUGUUGUAAACAAGGGUUGGAACCGUUUCAAGGAAAAUAACGAAAUGAUUUGAGGAACAGAACUGAAAGUAAUCUAUCCUGUUCCGGGAACAAAACUGUUAUUUUAAAAGCAUGGGAACCAGUUAAUAACGUUAGUUGACGUCCCGGGAGAAGAAUGGAUUGACUUUUUCAAUGCCAGUUUUAAGGAUACUAUAGUUAUCACGUUUCACAUUGGAUUUAUUCACUACAAAAAAAAAGCAAGAUGCUUUUAAUUCCAGUGCUGCUCUGCACACACAAGCUUGUUAGUUAGCUAAUGUUGGCUCUGGUCCAAUGUUAAACCAACUUGGAAGUUCAAAGACAUUGAAAGUUUCUCCAUAGAAGCCACUCCUCCGUAGGUAUAAUACUGUGGGCCUAAUUCGGAUAACGCACGUCAUAACAAAAUGCCCAGCGCUUCAAGGCAGCACAAUGUGUUUGUCUUUCAAUGUGAUUAAACCAUGCUGUUUCCCGACUUUCCUAUACCGAUUUUAAAAUCGCUUACCCGCUCCACAGCAAGCAGCUUUGUCCGCACUGAUUGGUGAAGUAAUUAAAUGUCAUAUCUAUCCAUACAUACAGUACCAGUCAAAAGUUUGGACACACAUACUCAUUCAAGGGUUUUUCUUUAUUUUCUACAUUGUAGUAUAAUAGUGAAGACAUCAACUAUGAAAUAACACACAUGGAAUCAUGUCGUAACCAAAAGUGUUAAACAAAUCUAAAUAUACUUCAGACUCUUCAAAGUAGCCACCCUUUGAAUUGACGACAGCUUUGCACACUCUUGGCAUUCUCUCAACCACCUUCACCUGGAAUGCUUUUCCAACAUAUGCUGAGCAAUUGUUGGCUGCUUUUCUUUCACUCUGCGGUCCAAACCAUCUUUAUUGGGUUGAGGUCGGGUGAUUGUGGAGGUCAGGUCAUCUGAUGCAGCACUCCAUCACUGUCCUUCUCAGUCAAAUAGCCCUUACAAAGCCUGGAGGUCUGUUGGGUCAUUAUCCUUUUGAAAAACAAAUGAUUAGUCCCACUAAGCACAAACCAGAUGGGAUGGCGUAUCGCUGCAGAAUGCUGUGGUAGCCAUGCUGGUUAAGUGUGCCUAGAAUUCUAAAUAAAUCACAGACAGUGUCACCAGCAAAGCACCAACACACCACAUGCUGGGAUCAUCUGUUCACCUACUCUGCGUUUCACAAAAACACAGCGGUUGGGACCAAGAAUCUAAAAUUGAAAGAUUUUCCACCGGUCUGUUCAUUAAUCGUGUUUCUUGGCCCAAGGGAGUCUCUUCUUAUUAUUGGUGUCCUUUUAGUGGUGGUUUAUUUGCAGCAAUUUGACCAUAAUAUGGACUGUUCUUGUUGUAAUAUGGACUUGGUCUUUUACCAAAUAGGGCCAUCUUCUGUAUACCACCCAUACCCUAUCACAACACAACUGAUUGGCUCAAACGCAUUAAGAAGGUAAGAAAUUCCACACAAAUUAAGGCACACUUGGUGACUACCUCAUGAAGCUGGGUGAGAGAAUGCCAAGAGUGUGCAAAGCUGUGGCUACUUCGGAAGAAUCUCAAAUAUAUUUUGAUUUAUUUAACACUUUUUUUUGUUUUGGUUACUACAUGAUUCCAUGUGUGUGUUUAUUUCAUAGUGAAGACAUCAAAACUAUUAUUCUACAAUGUAGAAAAUAGUCCAAAUAAAGGAAACGGUUGACUGAUACUGUAUGUAUAUUCACAUUUUCCAAUUCCGAACGGGUUCAGAGCCUUAUUUUGCUGGUUGGAAGAGUGGAACGGAAUGAGAAAAAUAAUGGUUCUCGUUCAGAACAAAACGAUUGGAAAAUGUCGGUUCCAACCUCUGGUUAUACAGGGCAUUCAGAACAUAUUCAGACCCUUUGACUUUAUCCACAUUUUGUUACUUUACAGCCAUAUUCUAAAAUGGAUUGAAUAGUUUCUCUGUCUACACACAGUUAUGACAAAGCAAGUUUUUAUUUUUGCCAAUUUAUUAACCACCCUGGGAAAUAUGACAUUUUACAUAAGUAUUCAGACCCUUUAGUCAGUACUUUGUUGACGCAGCGAGUCUUCUUGGGUAUGACACUACAAGCUUGGCACACCUGUAUUUGGGGAGUUUCUCCCAUUCUUCUCUGCAGAUCCUCUCCAGCUCUGUCAGGUUGAAUGGGAAGUGUUGUUGCUCAGCUAUUUUCAGGUUUCUCCAGAGAUGUUCGAUCGGGUUCAAGUCCGGGCUCUGGCAGGGCCAAUCAAGGACAUUCAGCCACUACUGCGUUGUCUUGACUGUGUGCGCUUAGGGUUGUCCUGUUGGAAGGUGAAUCAUUGCCCCAGAGGUCCUGAGUGCUCGGGAGCAGGUUUUCAUCAAGGAUCCCUCUGUAUCCCCAUCUUUCCCUCGAUCCUGUCUCUCAGUCCAUGCCGCUGAAAAACAUCCCCACAGCAUGAUGCUGUCACCACCAUGCUUCACCGUAGGGAUGGUGCCAAGUUUACUCCAGACGUGAUGCUUGGCAUUCAGGCCAAAAAGUUAAAUCUUGGUUUCAUCAGACAAGAGAAUCUUGUUCAUCAUUGUCUGAUAGUCUUUAGGUGUCUUUUGGCAAACUCCAAGCGGGCUGACAUGUGCCUUUUACUGAGGAGG